AUGCUUAUUUUCCAAUUUCUGGUCAACGUAGUCUACGUAUCAGUAGCAGCCACAACUUUACCUUUGAACCGUCGCAAUGCCCUGGUUCAAUCCUACAAAAACACAUCAUCUUCCCUUAUCGCUACUGAAUUCGGCAGUGUCUUCGAUGUAGAUGUGUCAUUAUCCAACCAGACCUUCAAGCUUCUUGUUGAUACGGGUAGCAGCGACACAUAUGUGAUGAAGACGGGCUAUCAAUGUAUCAGCCUGAAUAAUUCCGAAUUGCUCCAGGCCGAUUGUCUCUAUUCCUCCAAGACAUACAAUAUCUCCGAUACGUAUCGCGAAAUUCCGAAUGUGACGUUUGGUGUGCAGUAUGGGGCAGGAAUUGCAAGCGGUGUGAUGGCAUAUGAAGAUGUUUCUCUUGGUGGAAUCACUGUCAAAGGCCAGAAGGUUGGCAUCGCAAACCGCUCAAAUCCCAUGGGUGACGGCCUGAAUAGUGGUCUGCUUGGCUUGGGUUAUCCGUCCCUCACUUCGGCGCAUCCGGGAAGAAGUGUAGACAAUACCACAUACUUCUUCAAUAGGCUUGUCUAUAACCCAUUGUUCACGAACAUGUAUCAACAAGGUUUGGUGGAACCGUUCUUCAGCCUAGCAUUAGCUCGUACCCCUCAGAAUUCUUCUAACGGUUUCGGGGGCUAUCUCUCGCUCGGUGAGCUUCCGCCUGUUCCCCAUAGCCCAAACUUCGCUGCCGUUCCAGUUGAGAUUACAAAGAAUAUACCGUUGAGCUUCACGUCUGGCAAACGUGUUCGAUCAUACUGGAGCAUGACUGUUUCCGGUGUCAUAUAUGGUCCGUCUCGUGAAGGUGGUAAUGACCGACAUAAGAGUUUAUUAACGAUCAAUUCAACAUCAUUACAAGCCUUUGUUGAUAGCGGGAAUUUCUUCACUAUGUUACCUGCCGCUAUAGUUGAUCCUAUCAAUGCUUUAUUUUUCCCUCCCGCAAUCUAUAGCGAGUCACAAGGCGCAUACAUCGUCGAUUGCUCAGCUCAAGCCCCGACAUUUGGAAUUCAAAUAGGAAACCAGACCUUUUUCCACCGCGGCGCGGAUUUGAUCUAUCAAACCGCUGACGGUGUCUGUGUUUCGAGUCUAAUUAGUUCGGAGAGUGUCUCGCUCGACGGGGUACAGCUUAAUAUUCUUGGCGAUUCGUUUCUGAAGAACGUAGUCGCCGUGUUCGACUUUGGUAAGAACGAGAUGAGGUUUGCAAAACAACUAGAUGAACCCAUAGGAUAUUUCGCCUGGAAGAAUAGAUUCGGAAAAGAUGAUGCUAGCGAAAGGCUCACAUAA